AUGACGUUCUUCGGGUCAGCCCUGGCGGAGGUUCCUGUCUCCGUGACUGGAGCAACCCGCGACUCCCCGUCCCCAGCGUCGCCUUCUCGUCACCCUCCCUCUUCUCUCUCGGUGACCUGGCCAAGAAAGCGCACUCUUCCCGCGCCUUGUGUUUUUGCCCGAAGCUGCGCAGGCGUCGAGGGUGGCACCAGUUCUGCGAUGAGAGGAAGCACGCCUGAGGAGUCUCUCGGCUUUUUCGAAGGGUCCGCAAGUGCGCGCGGGGGGUCGCGGAGACAGCGGCCGCGGCCGGAGACUCGUGAACAGCCUCCUCUUUCAGAGAGACAGCGUCUUGCGCGUGAGAGAAGAGUGCUGGCUUCAAUGGAGCGAGACCCGUUUGGCGAAAGGCAAAAAGACGUGGGGAAGGCUGUGCGCGAACGCUAUGUGGGACUUGAGACACAGGACGACCUCUGGCGGGGACGCCCCGUCUUGCCACGCCCACGGCUCGCCCCUCUGUUCGUCCCUGGAACAGUCCCUGACGGACCUGCUGCUGCUGUGCUGCCCCGCACGCCGCAUCGCAGCGCGGUGAUACGCUGCAUCCGUGGCCCCUUUGAAGGCCGCUUUUUCUAUUUGAACAAAGGAAAGAAAGGAGACAUUUUUGGAGGCCGAAGAGACCGUCGAGAAGUGACCAUGUACAUUGAGCAUGCCGGGCUCAGCCCCGCUCACGCCCAGCUUUUCGAGGAAACAGGCGACAGCGACCGGCCCAGGGAAGACUCGCUGGCGCUUCGCGACCUCAACAGUGCGACAGGCACGUGGGCGCGUCUCAGCCCUUUAGACCGGCUUGCCGAGGCGAGCCCGGCGUGCCUCUUGGCGUCCCUUCAGAGUACCUGUCGCCGGAAAAGGAAGAUCACUCAAGACUGCGGCCAGGCUGUCGAGCCGGAGUCUGCGUCGCCUGCGUCUUGUCCGUCGGCUGCCUCUGCUUCCGUCUCCAUUCCUGCUUUCCCCUUUUCUUCUCUCUUUCUGUCUUUGCGUGCUUCUGCGACGUCGUCGAUUCCUUCACCUGCAUCGCUUCCACGCCCGGCUUCUGCUUCAACUCCUCGCAGCCCCUUCCCUUUAGGCUCGAGGAACCUUGCUCGUGAGGGCUUAGAGGACUGGCGUCAUUCUGCGACGGGUCAGUCCUCCCGCAGUGGAAAGUUUCCAGCAGACGUCUCGCCCUGGGACACGAGGGACCGCCGAGAAAUCGGAGCAGAGCGGGAGGCGUCUGGACGCGAAGGUCCAGGGACAGGCGGCAGGGCAGUCGGAGAAUGUGGCGACAGCGUCGAGACAAGAAAGGGGAGCGCCAAAGCCCACGGGGCUACUUCUUCAGGGCCAAGGGAAAAACCGAGUGUGGAAGGAGACUGUUGUGCGUCGCCUGCUGGGCGCGUCCCCUGGUCUGCCUCCUCGGAAGCCUGCCCGUCGCAUUUUUUGCCAGCGCUCUGUCAGCGCGGAAAAUCGGAAGCAGAGGCGGUGCGGCACGAAGAACAGAAAUCCGGAGACGAAGAGGAAGUGACUUAUGAGGAUCUUCUCAAGUGGAAGCUUGCAUGCAGAACGCUGCCUCAGUACCUGCCUCUUGAGAUAAAGAGUCGGUCUUUGCUGGUUUUCGACGACGCCUCUGGAGCCUUGCUAGGACAGGUGUCUUGGACGGGUGCUCUCCUGCUUCCGUCUUCGCUUUCAUCGUUUCCUGUCCAGCCUCUACCCCCCUCUUCCACGCACAGUGUCACUCCUUCGUGUCCCUCCGAAUCGUCUCCGAUCCCCACCUUCUGUCCCUCCCCCGGCUCUUCGGCCUCUUCGUAUUCUGCCUUUCUUAGCCCGCUGCCUCCGAGGCCGUUCGACAUGAGAAGGGAAGAACGCGCGGACGCGGCACGAAAGCCCCAGUCUCUGUCUCGAGGGUCUGCGACCGCUUCGACAGGUGCGCUCUUCUCUGGCAGGACUAAGGCCAAUCUCUCUCUCCAGGCAUCUUCUCCACAGAGACCGAGUGUGGGGAAAGGCAACUCGUUUUCUGCGGCCUCGUUGGUCUCAGCGGGUGCGGGGACAAAGAGAGAGAAGCGCAGGGAUAGCGACAACAAAAGAAGGAGAGAGGAGACAACAGAGUGUGUGUCCAGCGACGACCCGAACACGAAGGGGGAUGAGGGCGUGAUGGCGGGGAGUCGCGACUGUGCAGGGAAGCCUGCUAGCUAUUCGUCGAAGACCCGAACAUUUAGAGAGGGAUGUCUUCUUUCCGCCCGUGCUGACGAGAUGAACACUGAGAAUGCUCGUGACGCGCGAGUAUCCGACAAAACAGGCAUUCUUCUACAGGUGCGUGUCGAGCUUUCGAGGGAGCACGAGGAGACACAGGAGACGAACGAGUGUGGCGUCUCUGGCGCAAGAAUCCCUCUGCUGCCUCUCACUGCGGACGCAGAGAACACGCAGCGCCUCCUGGAAACACUCGUGCCGCAUGCAGUUUCCGCUGGUUCCAGGAAGGGAGCGCAAUCGGUGGACCUCGACCCUCUUUUCCCUGGCGUCGGCCCCGUGUCGUCGGGGCGAAGAAGCGCGCCGCCGACCAGCCUCGGAGAGAAUGGCGGCGAAAAAGGUGCGGAGGAAGACGGAGAGGAGCGGGCGCUAUGCAAGAACCGAAAAGCCCACACAAAGGAAGAACAAGAGGAGGUAAACGAACAGACGGAGGGCUGUGGGGCAGCAGGAAACGCGAAGAGGAACGCUGGGAGAACUGGUAGCCUCGAGCGAGUCGCGUGUCCAGAGUCGUCGGUUCCUCUUCUUUCUUCCGUUUCGCUCUCUGACGUUGCAGUGCAACAUGAGUCGCUGACGCGUCGGCCCCCACCCUUCCAGCAGUUGCCUUCUUCCCGACUGUGCAGAGUUCAGUUGCAGGGUGUCGAGACAGAUCCUCUUGGGAGAUCACCUGCUCGUUUUUCUUCCGAUCCGCUGUCUCCUUCGACUUCCUCAGCUUCGGCCGAGCCGAACGGUGCUUCCUCCCGUGCUCUCUUGUGUUCACGAGUCGCGCCGCCUACACGGGGCACAAGGGAUUUCCUCCUCUCUUCUCUUUCUCUGUCUGCCUCCUCGGCCUCCUGUCCGCUGAGCUCAGCGCCUUCCUGGUCUUCUUCCGACCUGCCUGUAGCCUCGCGAUCGCGCGCGCGCCUCCCUCCCUUUCCACCCAUCUACGAAGAACCAAAAAACAGGGAAGAAGCGACGCUUCGCGAGCUCGCAACGGCCCAUUUGCGGCUCGCGGAGACCAAGGGGCCCCGGCCGCCGCAGAAGAGCGGAGACGGGACUGGAAGCGAAGCUGCAACCCGAGAAGGGGAGGAGACAAAACGAGGCCGCGCACAAAAGGGCGAUCAAGAAGGCGGAGUCAGAAAGAUGGCCGAGGUCGGAGAAGACGCGGGAGAAGAGCGCAGCGACGAAGGCCAGGAGAGAACCGAGAGCAGUGUCAUCGACGGCAUCCACAGAGUUAGGACCAGUGCAGACGAGAAGAAAGAAGAGAAAACAGAGGAAGAAGAGAAAACAGAGAAAAAAGAGAGCGAGGCAAGUGACGCGAUGUGCACUCAUGCAGACAAGCUUUUCGCACCCGAGAGCGGUACCCAACGACACAGACGCCCCGUCUCUCUUCACACCUCUUUGUUAUGGAAGAGCGGAAUCGCGUCGUGCCCGCCAUCAUCUCUCUUAAGUGGACGCGAGACGAACGGCGUGCGCGUGGAUGGUCUGUCUACAAGGGAACAAAAGGUCAAAGUGCUUACCGGUCUCGGUUCGUCGCGGCCUGCUUCCUUUCGUGGCCAAGAGCGAAGGAGAGAAGAACUCAGCAGCCCUUUUCCCUCGCAUUCUUCUCCGUGUUCGUCCUCCCUUUUCCGUCUACCUGCUUCGUCGUCUUCCCGUCUCGGCUCGACGGCACACUGCGUGUCGUUUCCCUUCCCAGCUGACGCUUCUUCUUUCCUUCUCUCUUUCGUCGGAAUGCGACAGGCGCAGGCGGCAGGCGAGCCUGGAUCGAGGGUAGAGGCGGACGGGCAGAACGUUCACUCGCAGUCGCUUCCCGCGCCUGCCGCCCCUGUGUCGAGCAGAGGCGGAGACGCGGAGAGAGGUGGAGACAGAGAAGAGGGGGACAAAGAUGCAAGAGGCGAGAGGCAGACAGCAGAACAGCACGAGGCGGGCGAUCUGGACAAGCGUGAGACGGGCGAUCUGGACCAGCGUGAGACGGGCGAUCUGGACCAGCGUGAGACGGGCGAUCUGGACAAGCGUGAGACGGGCGAUCUGGACCAGCGUGAGACGGGCGAUCUGGACCAGCGUGAGACGGGCGAUCUGGACCAGCGUGAGACGGGCGAUCUGGACAAGCGUGAGACGGGCGAUCUGGACCAGCGUGAGGCGGGCGAUCUGGACCAGCGUGAGGCGGACCAAGAGAAAGAAGGCCCCUCGUCGUCUGCCGCUGGUGGUGCAAGUCCGGCCGCGGUGGCAAAGGGAGGGGAGCGGCGAGAAGAACACGAAUCGCGACAAAUGGUGCACGUCACGUGGCACGGGAGCCCUCCCGCCUCGCUGAUUUCGGAACAGCGCGGCAAGAAAGAGGCAGCCGAGAGGAAGAACUGUGAGUCGGAGCCUGCAGGGAACGAAGGAACGUGCCGUGGAGAGACACGCCGUUCCUGUCAUCCCUGUUCCGCCUCGUCCCCUUCCUCGCCGUCAGCUGUCUCCUGCUCUCCCGCCGUGUUGCCUCCCCUGUCCGGUUCUUCGGUCGGGUCUGUUCUUUGGCCGGAAGGUCGGCGAGGCGACAGAGAGAGAAGGCCCGAGCACGACGAAUCGCCGGAACGGCGGCAAAGCACAGAGGAGACGGAGAGGCGGGAAUGUGGGAGGACUGAACACGGAGGGGUGAGGAAUAGCAUGGAGGCUCGGAUCGACAUAGGCCCCGGCCGAGAAGCCAGCGAAAGAUCCCCCGUCUCUCUAGCUUGUGGAGCGUCUGUUUCUUUUUCUGCAUCUCGCGCUGCUCUGUCUCCGUUCCCCGCUGUCUCUUCGGCGCCCCGUCGGUCUUCGUCUCCGGCCUCUGUCCCCUCUCGGCUCGUCGCUCUGAGCAGACCUGGUCCCGCGUUUUCUUUUCUGCGAUCUUCCCCUGCGGCGCUGCCCCUCCCAGAGCCUGUCGGCAGAGAACGCGGUAAGGACGGGAGCAGAGAGGGAGGGCGCGCGAUCGCGGGACGCGACAGCGAGAGAGACAAAGAAGACGGCGAGGCAGACUCAGGGUCGGAAGAAGGCCAAACGGUGCUGAAGAGCGCGGGAGUUGAGGCGGGGCUUGGUGAGGCAGAAGCGAGCGGCGCAUCUAAUGCCACUAACAAGAGAGGAAAGGGAUUCGUGAUGAGAAGAGACGGGACGAAAAGCGGGAGGGCCUGCGCCUGUCUCUCGUCUUCACUCGGAACAGAGAACAUUGGGGAGGUCGGUCCCGAAGACAAAGAUCGCGUCUCCAGCGUCGUCUACCCUUUCUUUUCUCGUCUGCGGAAGACAGGGUGGACCCCUCUCCGUCGUUUUGUCUCUUCACCCUUCUCUUCCUCACCGUCUCUGUCUCCGGCUUCUCUGGACGCGUCUCCUCUUCCUGCACUCCAGUCUCCGCUUCGUCGCUCUGCUUUCCCGCGGUUCCUCGUCUCUCCCGCCCUUCUUUCCACGAGUGCGAGCGGCUCGGCCUCUUCCUCGUCUCCGCGCGCAAGUCUCGCAUCUGAAGAGAACGGGAAAAAAGAGAAGCGGCGACUCCUUUCUUCCCUGCAAGACAGGCGAGACGACGAGAAGAGGAGGAAGCGCGCGUCGGGGCGAGACGAGGCCGAAGAGAAGGCCGGGGAGGAAGAAACUCCGAACGGUGGGGAGGACGGAGAGACGCAGGAGCAGCGUGGAAGAGAGGAACGGCGACAAAGUCGGGGGGAAGCAGGAAGGGAACAGAGCAGUCGCGAGGAAAGUGGCGAAGAGGCGAUGAAGAACUCCGAGACGUGUGCGGGAUCAGUGUCUGGCGAGGUGUCGAAGACGCACGUGGAAAGGAAUCUGCCCGAAGAAGGGGACCCUGAGGAGCAUGGCAGAGACAACGAAGACGCAGAGAGAGAACGGACGCUGGCCCGCAGCGAAGAACAGACGGAUCACGAAGUUGAAGAGAGAAACCGUGCGUGUACAGAUGAAGAAGACGGAACCAUUCCAUCGGAGAUGCUCAAUCUGUACGAAGAUGGCAGAAUCGGAAGCAGCGGCAGAGGAGCACGGCCGCGCAGUGUCCACGCUCGCGACUUGUAUUCCGUCCUGCCUAGCUCUUUGGCUUUCCUCCCGACUUCGCCGUUCCCUUCUGCCGUGUCUCUCUCUUCUCUUCCUCGUUCUUCUCCGCUUCAUGGAUGCAACGGCGUCUCUCUCGGCGUCCUCGGAGAGACGUUCAGGCUCGGUGGAGACGGUCAGGGAGGAGACUGCAGGCUGCCCAGCCUAGGAGGCGCAUGCACGCGACGGAGCCGACCCACAGCGGACGGCCCCAGCGCGCCGGAGUCAGAAAGCAGCCACCAAAGAGAAGAGGCAACGAGAGGAACGCACUGGAGACAAGAAGCUGGAAAAGGUGCAUACGAAAGUGAGGACCCGCGAGAAGCGGAUGCAGGAGUUGGGAGAAGUGGACACAGCCGCACCGAGGACAAGGGUCAGGGUGUCUCGUCACUUCAUCUCGAGGCGCUGUGGCGCGACACCGAUGUCGCAGAAGAAGGAAGGGAGGAAAGGAACGCAGACGCUACCUUUGUCGGUACCCACCUUUGUCGCACAGGCUUGAUAGAACGGGAAAGGCGAACGCAUGCAGACGCGACCCCUGUUCCCAGAGUGCUCGGCCGUUUCUCCUCGCCACAGGCCUCAGAAGGUUUGGAUACCGCCACGUUUGCAGCUUCGUCUCGUCCUUCGCGUUUGCCUUCCUGUUCUUUCUCGGCCUUCGUGUCUUCUUCGUCGGGGUGCAUGCGGUCUGCGCGCGACGACCAGGCGGACGAAUGUCGGAGACGUGGAGCAGGCAGGGGCGACGGAGAGGGGGCGACGAAGCCGGGUUUUUUUGCGUCCUCGCGGCGUCCAACUCUCGAAUUUCUUGCUGACGAAGCGGGAACAGACGCGAGACAAGUCACGGCAAAGGACGAAAAACGCGAAUCCGACACAGACAGAGAGGAAACGGCAGGGGAGGACGGCGACUCGGAAGAAAACGCUGCGUGUGCAUCGACGGGGGACACCGAGUUUCUCUGCCACCCUCCUGUCGGCAUUUCUGUCCCUGCAUUCCAAGUAGCCCGACGAAGAACUGCGGGGAAAGGCGAAUGCCAUAGAGAAGGCAGAAGGGAAGGAACCGAAGAGGCUCGGGGAGCGGAGGCGAAAAGAUGUGGAGACAACCGACAGAUCCGUGAAGCGACGGAAGACGCAGAAACGAGAAGAAGUGAAGACGAAAGUGCUGACCUGGAAAAGGGCCAACCAUGCCAACAGCGACAAGACACGAACAACGGCCAGAAGCAAGGCAAGGAAGUCGACAGUGGAAAUCGAGGAGCGGGCGGAGAAGACGGGGAAGAGUUCCAGAAGGGGGAGGAAGAACGGCCGAUUUCGGCAGAAGCAGGAGACGAGAGACGCGGACUGCCAGAGAGCUCUACCUCGAGCUUGCAAUCCCCCCUUCCUCCUACUGUCGACUCGCGUCUUCAAGACGGUUGCGAGCUCUCGCUCUUCGCCGCUUCUCCGUCUUCUUCUUCCUCAUCCUCCCCUCCGUCUUCUUCCUCUUGCGUGCCUUUCUCCUCUUUUCAUCUCGCUUUGUCUCUUCGUCUCGACAGCUUUCCCGCCCCCUCCCAGUCUCUUCAGACGCAGACUGAGGAUUCUGGGGAAGACAGGGCGAUCAAGGUGCUGGCUACGAGAGCCGAAGAGACGAGAAAGCGUGACACAUCCGAAGAAGGGGAUGCUGGAAAAGGGGACGAGACAGCUCUGCGGGAGUUUACGCAUCGCUCGCCUUCCGAGGCGCCUCUCCAAAGUGAAGGAGCAUGCGGAGGCGUUGUCGCCGCGGGCGCACAAAGCGAGUUGGCUGGUCUCGGUCCGCCGGUAAAGCCUCGAGGCUCUUUUGCAGGUGACCCGCGUCUUCAUCGCGUUGAGCCUGGCCCUGGCAGUGGGGGCCGCAGCCCCCGCCUUUCAUCGGCGAUCAGCAACCGCCAGCAGAGGGCGAACAGUGUCUGCUCGGACGAUGAUUCCAGGCUAACUGCCGAGGGCCUUGGGAAAUUCGCCGCAGAUCAGAAGAGGCGUCCCGCCCCUGGUAGGAGCAUUCAUGGUGGAAGGAGCAGUAGCGGCGUCUCCCACGACAGGCAUGCGUGCGCCGGCGGAGAUUCAGAUAUCGCGACCGGAGUAGGGGCUAAAACGGACGUGAGGCAUCAAAAUGCGGAGGCAAGGAGCCCUAGCGCUCACAAAGGUGGAGAGGCGCGGAGUGGCCAGGCGGUGAAUGAGGCAUCGAAUCCGUUCUCGAGUCGCCUUUUGGAAAGUACACAGGAGUCUCGCGCGCCGAAGGCGGAUCUUGAAGUCGACUCCAGCUUCGUUCACAGUACCCUUUCCACCACCUUGCCCAAGGCCUUCUGCUCGGCAACGUUUCGCGCUCUUUGCAGUCCGUCAGGCCUGCGGAGUCCCAUCCGUCGACUGGGGAAGCGCCGGAGCAUCGGUGGCGCUCUCAUCAGGCCUAUCCCGAGUCCUGCGGGGAAGACAGAUCGUGGCGGGACGGCUGCCGCCGCUGAAAGCCAGAGAAAGCUGGCUGAAAACGAGGGGAAGAGUGGCAAGACGGAGGAUACACCGUGCAGGAGCAGCAGUCCCAGUUACAGCACACCACGUUGCCUCGGGGGCGGCGGAUGCAGGAGGCUUGCGGAUGGCAGACGGGCUCUUUCCAGUACUCGGCGAGAAGUCAGCAGCGACUUCAGGUCCGUCUUCAAGAAGCGGAAUGUGGCAAAUGAGGCGUUCUCCGCACCCUCGCUGGCGGCUGCGAAGGACGGGGCCCAGCAGCCGAGUCUCCCGUGCUGGGAACUCCAGAAGAAACAACGAAGUGGGGACAGCUCGCCCGCCGGCCCUGGUCGGGCUCCAGUCGUGGGCGGGGCCGGUCUCGCCCAAAGCGCGACCGCGGUCGGAAGGGACGGGACGCGAGCGAUGUCGCCGGGCCCGGCGGCGAGAGCGGCAGGGGGCAAGACGGAGAAUAAGAACGACGACUUUGCGUCGUUUCUGUUCGGGGAAGAAGACGAUGCGGUCGUUUUGUACAAAGCAAUGCAGCAUCUUCUUCGUCAUCCUCGUCAGGACCGACCCGUCAUUUUCGUCCCCGUUGCUGCAAGUGGCCUGACGCUGUCCGCUCGCCCUCCUGUCGGUCCCGAGUUCUCCAUUGGUUCCCCUGCUGGUGUGGCCGCUCUCCCUGCGCACGCUCCUUCUCCAUUUUCAUCUUCUCUCAGUCUUGCUUCUGUUGUUGACCCCUCCGGCGCUCCGCGCGAAGGCGAACUGCAUGCGUCUCUCCUGGCCGGCACUCGCGAAGACGUCCUCUUUGAAGAAGCGACUCCGACCUGGCAAUCUGAGUCUCUUCCGGUGCAACCCCGUCUCGCUCCGUCUCCUCUUCUUUCUGCUGCCGCGUCUUCGGCUUUAUCGCCCUCUGCCUCUCCUCUGUCCUCUUCUCGUUCCGCCGCGUCUCUGUCCUCUUCUCGUUCUGCCGGCACCACGUCGCCGUCGCUUUCCCCGCCCUCUCCUUUCCUGUCAAAGUCGCCUCCGUCUCCCUUCUUUCCACCUUCCUGCAUGUCGCCGCCUGCCUCGUGCUCACCUGUCUCCGCGCGUUCCGCGUGCGUUCCGCCUCCGCCUGCAUGUCUCUCUUCUCUCGGCGGGUCGAAUCCGCCGCCGCGGGAGGGCGUUCUGGUGCUUUUUCUCGACGGGACGUUUCAGCUGGCUUCCACGGCCCGGGGCUCUCCCGGAGUCGUUCCAAAGACCUUUCGAGCAGCCGAGAGCUUUGUGUCUCUGCAUCCUGCCGCGCCGCUCUCCCUGCGGCCAGACGCGACCUUUCGUCUCGGAAGUCUCGACCUCGCGUUUCUCCGCUUCAACGUAGGCUGCAAGAGUGAGCGCGGGCUGCGGCCCACGAUGGAGGACGAAGAAAUCGUCAUUCAAGAUUUAGGCGUCAGCGACGCCUUCUCGUGCUCGUUCUUCGGCGUCUACGACGGCCACGGCGGCCGAGACUGCGCCGAGUUCGUGAAGCGUCAUUUACACCUUGCGUUCCGCCACCAACUCGAGAACUUGUGUGGCCGACUCGACCUCUCCCCGCGUCUAAACUUCCACAUCUUCCGAGCCCUCUACUUCGCCUUUCUCCUCACAGACGCCGCGUACCUUCGCCGCCAACGCAACGGCAGCCGAUCGGCGCACGUGUCGGCCUUGCACGGCGGGAACAGCGGUCUUGAGACGAGUCAGGCCGUCACCGGCGCGCCUCGCUCUCUCUCCACCCCUCGGCAUGCGCCAGGGGCCGCUGAGCCGAAUGCCACGCCGACGCCGCACCUGUUCCUGAACCCGGCGGCCGUGCGGCCUCGCAUCGCUUCGUCCGGAUGCGCGUCGGUCGUCGUCGUCGUCGUCGGCGGGGCAGUCUGGUGCGCGAACUGCGGAGACGCGCGCGCAGUCUUGUCGCGCGCCGGCCGGGCCCUCGAUCUCUCUUCCGACCACAAACCGCACAGGAAAGACGAAGGCAAGCGGAUUCUGCAGGCGGGCGGAUUCAUCCGCGGCAAGCGCGUCCUCGGCCGCCUCGCCGUGAGUCGCGCGUUCGGCGACCUCGAAUACAAGGGAAGCUUGUACGAGGAGGAAGAGGUGACGCCGCGCGCGGCACAGGCGACCGCACAGUGCCAGGCGACCGGACGCAGGACGCGCGCGAACUUCUGUGGGGACGAGGAGGGAGACACUCGCGAGGACGAACGCGCGAGAAAACCCGCGGGUGCACCAGAAGAGAGCGGAGCCGCCGACGCCCCCGUUUUUUUCCAAGCAGCCGGGAAACGGAUUUACCUCGGCAGCAAGCACGGGCAACACUUCUGUUCUGGGAUUCCCCCGGCUCCGCAUGCACCUUUUUUCCUGAGGGAACAGGAGCAGGCCGCGAGCCAACCAGAGGAGGACGCAGCGCGCAAGAGCGCAGAAGCGAAGGCUCUCCCGCGCGACAAGCGCGAGAGACAGAAAUUCUUCCGGAAGCCGCUGGUGAUAGCUGCGCCGGAAAUCCGGCGGGUCGGGCUCUCGCCCAGCGACGAGUUUCUCCUGCUUGCAUGCGACGGCCUGUUUGAUGUUUUCACCAGCGACGAAGCUGUCGCGUUUAUUCGAAGCCGCCUUAGUACAAUGCCGCCCUACGAGCAAGACCCGCAGCGCGUCGUCGCGGAGCUCGUGAGAGAGGCCAUCCACGAACGCAAAAGCCGGGAUAAUGUCACCGCGAUUCUAGUGGUUUUCUCGCCCAACGUGGGGAGGGGAACGCCAUAA